AUGCUUAUGGAUGAAAUUCUCACCAAAAAAGCAGAGAUCUCAGAGUAUCUUAACACAUUAGCCAACGCUCACCGAAGAUACCUGUUCGAUGUUCAAAACUCAGAAACGUUAGACAAAUUGCGUAAAGACAUUCACAUAUGUCUCAACGACUUGUGUAUUUUGAAUACGAUGCUAGUAUCUAGCGAUGGUGAAGGUAGCGUAAAACAAGAAUUGGAUCGCCUUGCAAAAUAUUCUCGUAAAAUCGAGAAACUGGACCAACAGUCAGGCGUCGCAAGCGAUCUCUUACAGCAAUGGAACGAAGAUUCAGAAACGACCCCCCAGGUUCUACUCGAGGAUUCGAAAUCUGGUGAAACCUUUACAUUUUCUACGCAUUACCGACAAUUUUUGAACCGCUAUCUCGACAACGUGGGAAUAUCGAAUACUUCUGUCGCUGAUCUUUCCAUCGAAUCUCGAGAAGCGUUAAAUCAUGAAUACGAAAGAAGCGCUAGUAAAGAACCCCUAUUGCUGAACAUUUCAUUGCUUCAAUCAGGAAAUGCACAGGCACAGCAGGAAAUACAACAGCUGGAGUCUGUCCUCGCAAGCCUAAAAAAAGAUCAAGCGUUCAUACAACAAGAAUUGCAGAAUCAACAGAACGAGGUGCAGAGCGUGAAAGCUGCUUUGAAAAGUAAUUUAGAAAGCAUCCACCGCUCACAAGAAAAAGUGCUGAACAAGUUGAAUAUCGUUGACGAUACCAAUAGACAACCUGUCGAUAUUGCCCUCUUCGCACGAUUCAGUAAAACUAGACAAGAGAACAACGGCAACGACUUAACAAAAAGACUCGCGUAUGCCAAAGAUUAUGUGAAAGCUCGACAAGAGAUUUUGACCGCCAAUUCUAAAACGUACAAAGAGGACCUACGGCACGCUGAGUCUACUCGAAAUUUAUGGGAUGAGUCCCUGAAUAGAAUACGCUCUUUGGAACAGCUACUCAGGACUAUGCUGGCAGAACAUCCUGAUACGUCUCCGCUAGCAUUAUCAACCGAAAUAUCUACCGUUAUCAGUCAAUUACAAGACACGAACGUCUCAGCGAGUUCCGAGAUCCUAAAGGUAUGUUUAGGAGAUGAGAUCGAAGUUCUAAAACGCGCCAACGAAGAGCUAAUGUCCAGCGCAGGAAAUGAAAAUUCCAAGAAACAUAGAGAGCCAAAUGGUGGUAUUAUUCUUGGUGGAGCGUCUCCACCUAAACUCGGAAUUAACAAAGAGAACGUUACCUUUUCUUCCAGAUCUCUUCUCUCAUCAAAUAAAGCGAAUGUUAGUGCUGUAAAGGCACAGAAAAAAGAGUGA